AUGAUUGGGUGGCAGAGGGGCGGAGGCAUGGGGUGGCAGAGGGGCGAAAACAUUGGGUGGCAGAGGGGCGAAAGCAUUGGGUGGCAGAGGGGCGAAAGCAUUGGGUGGCAGAGGGGCGAAGGCAUUGGGUGGCAGAGGGGCGAAGGCAUUGGGUGGCAGAGGGGCGAAGGCACUGGGUGGGAGAGGGGCGAAGGCAUUGGGUGGCGGCGGCAGGUAGAGGGGCCCAGGCAUGGGGCGCAGGCAUGGGACGGGGCGCAGGCAUGGGACGGGGCGCAGGCGUGGGAUGGGGCGCAGGCAUGGGACGGGGCGCAGGCGUGGGACGGGGCGCAGGCGUGGGACGGGGCGCAGGCGUGGGACGGGGCGCAGGUAUGGGACGGGGCGCAGCUCCCUUUCAUGCCCAUAUCCCCCUUGCCCCCCCUUCCCUUCCGCCUCUCCCUCCCUCCCUCUCCUCCUCUCUCUCCCCCUUGGCCCACCCAACCCCCCCUCCCCUCACCCCCCCGCAACCCGCGGCCGCCCCGCAUGACCUGGCAGGUGGUGAUUGACACGUCAGCAGGGCACUGUGGCACGGCGUUUGACGUGGCGGUGGUGUCGCCGCUGUUUGAGGGCAAGAGGCUGCUGGAGCGGCACCGCAUGGUGAACAGUGCUCUCAGCGACGAGCUGCCGCACAUCCAUGCGCUGAGCAUCAAGAAGGCGUGGACUCCCGAGCAGAUGCAUGCUCAGCAGAGCAAAUAG